CCGCCUAUCACAGUUAUCUUGCCUGUAAGUUGCAGGUGACUCCCCUCACUGGUGCUACUCUACCCCCUCGGGUCAUCCUGCACUUUACAGAGUCAGGGGAGCCAGCUUGGAACUACCCAGAAAGGUCAGAUCACGCCCCUCUUUCUAAUCUUGCCAACACAUCCCGUCCAAUUCGAUCCAUCCACCAAACCCAGAUCCCCUCAUUCUUGUUAUUCCGCGCACGUCUUCUCUCCGUCCCACCUCCCCCCCCAUCCCCUCUCUUCUAUUAACCUUUUUUAACAUUUUAUUAUUAAGCCAGAUCAGACCAAAAUCAAACCAUUAGAAAACGACACCCAAUUAAAUAAGCAAAUCUUUAGAUCAGAUUACCAGGCAAUCCAGGCUAGCCAAGCCAUGUCUGAACGAGGCUCUUUCCGGGGUGGUCGUGGCCGCGGCGGAGGUCACGACAGGUAUGGCGGCCGUGGCGGUGGUCACUCCUCCCAGCACAGGGGUGGCGGUGCAGGUGGCGGUGCGCAACAACAGCAGGAGAAGCCCAAGAAGGAGAACAUUCUUGAUUUGUCCAAGUACAUGGACAAGGAGGUGAAGGUGAAGUUUAAUGGAGGACGAGAGGUUAGCGGUAUGCUCAAGGGUUAUGAUCAGCUCAUGAACCUGGUGUUGGAUGAUGUCAAGGAAAGCAUGCGUGAUGACGAGGGGAAUGAGACUACCCGCUCCCUUGGUCUCAUCGUCGCCCGCGGCACUCUGAUUGUGUUGAUUUCUCCAGCCGACGGCAGCGAGGAGAUCGCCAAUCCUUUCGUCCAGCAAGAGGAAUAGAUUCUGCGAACGUAUCAGUUUCUUAAGAAAGUGAAAGAUCCUUCUUGUGUCGUCUCGUCAGGCUAUCCGUGAAGAACGUGCGGACCUCUUGUGAUACACGACGCCCGCGCUAUCGGCUCCGAUUCUGCUUUCCUUUGUCUGUCGUCCUCCAGAGCUCGUCCUGGAAGGUCGUUCGUCUUUGACAAGGCAGAGAAAGAAAUCGAACAGCCAGUCCUCACCCUUUCGCAUAUACAUCGAAGGCUUCUGCAGCAUGAAGAUGUGCUUGUGUCAGGUGGAUGGGAUGGGAUUCCCACAUCAUGCAAAUAUGCGAUUUAUGGAUGGCUGCAUCUUGCGUCUACCUUUGAUCCAGCAUACAUUGUCAUGUAAUAGAUAUACAAUACUUUGAACUCAUGAAUUAACGCGUCA